GCAGUGAUGUGGUGGUACCCCCACACCAGGUCCUCCUCUCUGCUGUACUUCUCAGUGACUGGCACAUCAGAGGAGAUUUCAGAAGAGACUGCUGACACCGGCUCAGGCAACGGGAUCGUAGGCGCCAUUUUCUGGAUAAAUCUGAUGGAUGGGUGCAUCCCCUUUUUGCCAGUAACAACAACAGUGGCCUGGUUGGUACAGUAGCAGCUUCAAUAAGUGCCUUGGCAGCAUUUGAAUGGAAUACCCCACACCAGCAGCGACCCUGAGCCGACACCCAGAAAGACCGGCAAUAGUGGCCUCCACCGCCUCACACCCACCCAUCAAGGGGAUCCUGAAGAACAAGACGUCUGCGACUUCCUCAGUGGUGUCCUCGGUGGAGCAGCCCCACCGGAGUGUUGAAGAGGAGUUGAGUAAAAAAUCCCAGAAGUGGGAUGAAAUGAACAUCCUGGCAACAUAUCACCCAGCAGGCAAAGACUAUGGUUUAAUGAAAAUAGAUGAACCAAGCACUCCUUACCAUAGUAUGAUGAGUGAUGAUGAAGAUGCAUAUAGUGAUACAGAAACCACUGAAGCCAUGACUCCAGAUGUUCUAGCUAAGAAAUUAACUGCUGUUGAAGGCUCAGAACCAAAGUAUCGGACUCGGGAAAAAAAAGGCAGAGUCGAGGAGAAAAAUGACUUCUCACUUGAAGAACAAGAAAAAAAGCGACAAUUUGAAUUGAGGAGGAAGCUUCACUACAACGAAGGACUGAAUAUUAAAUUAGCUAGACAACUAAUUGCAAAAGAUCUACACGAUGAUGAAGAUGAAAUGUUAGAGGCAGACACUGAACAAUCAAAACAAGGAUCUACUACAAGUGGCCAACAGCAAAACAAAUCACAAAAUUUGUAGAAGAGAUUUGUUCAACAUUGCAGUUGUUUGUCAAAUACAAACCCUAUUCACUAUAACAUGCAGCUUCUUGUUCUCCACAAUUCAUGACUUAAGUACCAAAAUACAUUCCAGUUAUUUUAUAUUGACAAGAAUUAAAUGAUAACCUUAGAGACUGA